AUGAAAGACAUGCGAUCGUGUGGUUCACAUCAGGCGAAAGAGACGUCGUUAGGUACGUGUGACGACAAAAGUGGCGACGCACGCGACACGGAACUCGGUCGAAAUCAACGACCUCAUGGGUAA